AUGACAACUGGCGAGGCAGUGGGUACCCCUUUCCGAGGGCACACUGGACCUGUUCGUUCUGUCGCAAUCUCGCCUGAUGGCAAACAUGUCGUGUCUGGAUCAUCGGACAAGACUAUCCGAGUGUGGGAUAUAGAAUCUCUCAACCGGUACCACCCUUCCGCACCUGCAAUAUGUUUUUCACCUAACCCAAUCCACGCUCUUCAUUCUGCCUCCUCCUUUCUCCAAGACUCUUCCACCCCAGCCUCUGUCACCGCGAACGAGGAUGGAUGGGUUGUCGGUCCCGAAGGACGGCUUCUCCUGUGGAUCCCGCUUAAUUUUCACCCGCUCAUGUAUUCCCCCGGCAACACACUCGUGAUACCCAAUCACGCCUCGCAGUUCGAUUUGAGUUGUCUCGCGCAUGGCACGUCUUGGCACAAGUGUCGGGAAUAG